GGCCGCGGCCGUCGGCUCGCGAGUCCCGUCGGGGACGGCCGGCGCGCGGCGUCAGGCCGUGGGUGACGUAGCUGUGUGUGUCAGGCGGUGGGAACAGCGCCGGGACAAUGUCCCGUCGCUCCUCUCUGGACGAGCUCCACUUGCGGCUGACCCGGACAGCCAAGCAUCGCAAGAACAGCUGUGAGCCGGGGGAGUGGGCCGCUGGCGUCGCCAUGCCGCUGGAACUGCCGCACGCGGCCGGGCCCGCCAACAAGACGCCCCGCUCGCUCAAGAUCUCCAUGCCGCGCAUGCGGCACCACGAGCCGGAGCCGGCGGUGGCGGGCAGUCACGGCGCGCGCGCCGACGCCGACCCCGAGCAGACGGCGCUGCCGCCCCGCCUCAGGUCACGGCUGAACGAGCUCUUCUUCCAGAUUGAGAAGGAAUUUGAAAGUGUCUGUACAGAAAAUGUUGCACUGCACAAAGAGCUGGAGCUCCUGCAAGAGAAGCCCGACAGGGAGCCUGGAGAUCGGUGCGAGGAGACAGACGGCGCAGUCAAAAGCAAACAAAAGCUGAUGUCGCACGCCGCGCAGAAGCUGAAGCCGGCCUACAAGCUGAAGCAGCAGACCAGCAAGAUCGUGUCGAGCUUCAAGGCCGCGUCGGCGGUGUGCUCGCUGGUGCGCGAGUACCGCUCGCACAAGGACGGUGUCUGGGAGGUGUCGACCGGCCGACCCGGCCAGAACGUCAUCGGCACAGCCUCUGCUGAUCACACGGCGUGCGUGUGGUCCGUGGACACGGGCCGCUGCCUGCUGCAGUACCAGGGCCACGAGGGCUCCGUCAACUCGGUGCGCUUCCACCCGAGCCGGGACUUGGUGCUGACGGGCUCCGGCGAUCAGACGGCGCACGUCUGGCAGGCCGUCGUCACCAUGGAUACCGGCAGGGCGCUCUCGUCGGAGGAGGAGGUGGACCCGACCGAGCUGUACGACCCGAUGGAGCUGGGCCCGGCCGACGGCAGCAACGCGCUGCGCACGCCGAUCCUGGAGCUGACCGGGCACUCGGGCGUGGUGAUCGCCGCCGACUGGCUGGCCGGCGCCGAGCAGGUGGUAACCGCCUCCUGGGACCGCACGGCCCAGCUGUUCGACGUCACCACCGGCGAGAGCCUCAACACGCUGGCCGGCCACGACCAGGAGCUGACGCACGUGUCGGCGCAUCCGCACCACAAGUUCGUCGUCACCUCCAGCAAGGACACCACGUUCCGGCUCUGGGACUUCCGCGAGCCCAUUCCCUGCGUGUCCGUCUUUCAGGGGCACACCGACACCGUCACGUCGGCCGUGUUCAGCCGCGACGACAAGGUGGUCUCGGGCAGCGACGACCGCACCUGCAAGGUGUGGGACCUGAAGAACAUGCGCUCGCCGCUGGCCACCAUCCGCGGCGACGCCGCCAUCAACCGGCUGGACGUGUCGGCCGCCAACGUCAUCGCGCUGCCGUUCGACAACCGGCACGUGCGCCUGUACGACCUGAGCGGCCAGCGGCUGGCCCGCCUGCCGCGCUCCAACCGGCUGGGUCACCGGCGGAUGGUGUGCUCGGUCACCUGGAGCGACGACACGUCCUGCGGCCGGCCGAACCUCUUCAGCAGCGGCUUCGACAACAUCGCCAUCGGCUGGCUCAUCACACCGCCCAAAGACAGCAAGGACUAGUCAGACUGGCCGCCUCGCGAGGAGGCUGUGUCGGCCCGCGCCGGCGGGUCACGCUUCGCGGCGGCUGGCGGGUCACGCUCCGCAG